CCUGGUGGAAGAUUUGCACCUCAUGAUGAACAUGUGAAUGGCUGUGCAUACAAAAGAAGAAACAUGAGCUCAGGAAAWCGAGAUUACUAUCCAUAYCAUUGGAACAAGCUUCUGGAGGACUAUUCAAACAUGAAGUCACCAAAAGGUGUUUCAUUUCAACAGGAAAAAAAUCCAAAAUCAAAGUACCUGGUCUUUGCAUUUCUUUUCUUCCUGGCGUGUGUGAUYAUAAGUGUUGUAGGUUUGCACACAGUGUUUGCUCGACCAACAGCACUUGGAAAAUAUGGUAAAUGCAGCUUAGAACCUUGUGCAGACUCUUGUAAUAUUGGAAUUGUGGAAAGCAUACCAGAAAAUUUAACGUAUCCAGCURGUGAAGUCGUACACCCAACAAUUUACAGUGGACUUCUUAGACUUAUACAAUCAGCUAAGGAUUCUGUAGAUAUCGCUUCSUCUUACUGGACAUURAGGGGGAAUGAUACRAACACCACUGAUCCGUCAACGUCUUGGGGUGAGACACUUUUCAAGGAACUUGUUUUGGCUGGGAAAAGAGGAGUGGAAAUCAGAAUAGUUCAGUCUUACGAUAAGGACCCURAAAAGAAUCAAGACACAAUYGAUUUAGAAAAAAUGGGUGUGGCUCAGGUCCGAAGUCUGAACUUAGAGAGACUAGUUGGUAGCGGGAUCUUGCACUCUAAGAUGUGGCUGGUUGAUGGWAAAAACUUUUACCUUGGUAGUGCCAAUCUGGACUGGAGGUCUCUUACACAGGUCAAAGAACUUGGUUUUAUGACUUACAACUGCCCAUGUUUAGCUAAGGACAUGUCUAAGAUAUUUGAAGCUUACUGGGUGCUUGCUACUCYAGAAUCACACAUUCCAAAAUCCUGGCCUAGCUUCUUCCAUACAGGGAUUAAUGUUGAUAAUCCAGCAAACAUUACCAUUAAUGGAUCUCGCAGUACUGGAAUCUUCUUGUCGUCUUCUCCGAAACAACUAUGUCCGCCGGGCAGGACGGUCGAUAUUGAUGCCAUAUUGAACAUUAUCGGUAAAGCCGAGAAGUUUGUCUAUAUUGAAGUCAUGGAUUAUUUUCCGACAACACUUUAUCUAAAGCAUAACACGUACUGGCCAGUGAUUGAUGAUGCCCUUCGCAAAGCAGCGUUUGAUCGUGGUGUAGUUGUAAGACUUUUAGCUGGGUUAUGGAAUCACACGCGACCUGAUCUCAAGAGAUUUCUCAAAUCUCUGUCGGCUAUAAAUGGAUCGAAGUAUGGUGACGUSAUUGUGGAAACGAAAUUUUUUCAAGUUCCUAGUUAUUCAAAGGCCCAAAAAGAAAUCCCAUUCGCUCGAGUAAACCACGAUAAGUUCAUGGUCACUGACAAGACAGCCUACGUCGGCACUUCGAACUGGGCAGCGGACUACUUCAUCGGCACUGGCGGUAUCGGUUACGUCAUCAACGACCAAUCAAAUGAUUUUAUACGACGACAGUUGCAGUCAGUGUUUGAGAGAGACUGGAACUCGAAGUACAUUGUUCCUGUUCAAUAACAGACUGGAGUUAUUAUAACUCGUGGAUUUGAUGGAGAGAUUACAAUUAGUGAAGACGUGAAUCUUGCUCAGUCGUCACUCGGUUGAGUCGUCUCUCUCUCUGUUGCGCAGCAUGCAUCCAGAGAGAGAGAGACGACUGGAGACGAGUUUGUGAAUAUCGUGAAUUAUGGUUGAAUAACCUAGAAUAUGGGUUGAAACCCAAACAUUUUUUUCUAGAAUUGAAAUUUUUGGAAUACAGUUAACUCUCUUUUUGAACGACCACUCUAGUAAACGACCAUCUCCCGUAAGCGACCACUUUCUCCUGAUCCCGAGGUGGUCGCUUACGAGAGAGUUGACUGUAGUUUAAUUCUAUUAAUUUUGAUAUUUAUAGUCACCAACGAAAAUAAUGAUAAACAUACAAACACGUUCAAAAACAAAUGAAAUAAAUUGAAGGCAGAAACGCUUAGAACAAUCAACAUACUGAAAUAUGGUACUGUAUGCAGUUUUAGUUAGAACCCAUUACAAAUUGAAUCUUUACGACUUUAACGUACGUUUCUGUCCUAUUUUUAGUGUCAKUAUGAGGUUUCAAAUAAAACAGUGAAAGAAUGACUUUGAUUAAGUAAUUUAAACUGAUAAUUCAAAUUCAAAUAUGCCAUAAUUUCUGUAGAUGCAUCUAGUGAAUAUCGUCCCCAGGCCCUCAUCCCUGUGUUUGUGGUCAGGCUUAUAAGACCUAUUAAAGGUGCGUAGGUGCGAGAUCAUCAAAAACAGUUUGUGCCCUCGCAAUUUUGCUUUCCGGAUUAUUUCAUGUUGUUURAUAAAAUAAAGAGCUGU